CUUGCAAAUCUCAAAAAGCCCUCAGAGAUCGCAUCAUUUUCUCGGUGAAACACAAAAAUAUAAAAUAAAGUUGAAAUAUGAGUUCGCGAAACGAUUGUCGUAUUUAUGUAGGUAAUUUACCUCCGGAUAUACGUACCAAAGAUGUUGAAGAUCUUUUCUACCGGUUUGGAAAAGUAGUUUUUGUUGAUUUAAAGAACCGAAGAGGACCACCAUUCGCUUUUGUUGAAUUUGAAGACCAUCGUGAUGCUGCUGAUGCAGUAAAAGCUCGUAAUAACUACGACUAUGAUGGAUACAAACUGCGUGUUGAAUUUCCACGAGGUGGAGGUCCAGGAAGUUCUUACAGAGGAAGUGGCCGAUCUAACAGUGAUCGAGGAUCAAACAGGGACAGAGGAAAUCGACCAACAGCACGACGCUCACAAUUCCGUGUGGUUGUGUCAGGUUUACCAUCAUCAGGCUCAUGGCAGGAUCUCAAGGAUCAUAUGCGGGAAGCAGGUGAUGUAUGUUUCGCUGAUGUAUACAAAGAUGGAACUGGAGUCGUUGAAUUUCUACGUCAUGAGGAUAUGAAAUAUGCGAUUAAAAAACUGGACGAUUCACGUUUUCGAAGUCAUGAGGGAGAAGUCGCAUACAUCCGAAUACGUGAAGACGGUGGAUUGCCGUAUGAAGAUCGCGACCGUAAAGAUUAUCGUGAUGGAAGCUUCAAAUCUCGAUCUCGCUCACCAGUCGCACGUCGUCGUGGUUCACCGGUAUACAGUGAUUUCAGACCACGCGUUUCACGUAGUCGAUCACGAUCAUUCAAUUAUUAAAAUGCGAUAUAAAACGAAUCGCAUCCUUUGGCACGACUUUUGAGUGUUUUUAAUUUUAAUCAAUUUCUUUCUUUACAAAUAGCUUCAUUACUAAUAUUCAAUACAAUCAACUUGCAAGAUUAGAUAACUUUCCCCUCACAGACCAUAUCGUCACAUUCCCAACAGAAAUUUAAAGAUUUUUCUCUCUUUUUCUCUAUUCGUGCCAUAGCAAACAAUUUGAUCUUAAAGAAUUCUGGAGAUCGCUUGCGAUGCUUGCUUUAAGUAUGUGAAGAGAUAAAAACAAAACAAUUUUUUUUGUAAAUUUUAAUAUUUCUUAACACCAUAUGAUGAUCAAAAAAAGAAAUGAAAAGGCGAAACAAAAUAAUUGUAAUAACUAACAAAAGAAGAAAAAAACUAAUUAACAAAUAAUCCAUUAGCAAUUAACACUUAAAAUCAUGCAAAACAAAGAAUAAUAUUUUCCUGAUAAUUAAUUAAGUAAUUUUCUUUUUUCUUUUAUUUUUUUUUCUUUCCCAACACAAUUUAAGAGUGGGAGUUUGAGAGAAAGAGAAAGAUAGUAGGAAAGGAUUUUGAUGUAAGGGAUGUUAGGAUGAUUUAGCACAAUGUGUGGAUUGUAAUUCAGGAAGGGACUACGCGGGAAGAGAAAAGAAUGAUUUAAAUGGACUCCGUGGGAUUUUCAUUGGAUUGAUAAAAUAUUUCCCCAUUUCGAUAUUAACUUUUAUUUCUUUAGAUACAAAGGAAGAAUUUUAAUUUCAUUUCACGCGCGUGUUUACUCUUAUUCUUAAAAGGACAUUUUUCUAUAAGAAGCUCAGGAUACUUCUUCACACAUAUUUUCCCUUUUUCAUGUUCUCGUUUGGAAUCAGGAUUUUAAGGAAACUUGCUUCUCUUCUCCCCUUCAAGAAAACGACUUUCUUAAUCAUUUUCAAAUUACACUACUGGAGGAUUCAAGGAAAAUAUUCUAAAACAUUUUUGCUAUUUUUCUUUUAUUCAAUCGCGAAAACGUGCGCGAAAAUCGCGAGUUUAAUAUCGUGUGAAGUGAAAAAUAAAUUAAGAAAAAAGAAGGAUUUUGUCUUUGGACAACGAGGGAAAGUAAAAUGAAGGAAAAAGGAUUUAAUUUGGAUAAUAGGAAGAAGCUUAUAAAAUAUCAUUUAUGCAGUCAUUUGUAAUGUUUAGGAUCAAGUGGAUUGUGGAUAUGUGGAUAGGAGGAAAAGUUCUCUGGUAUGAUUCACUAUUUUUUAAUUAUUCAAUAAUUCUAUUUCAUUAAUCACUUCCACGAAAUGAUUCUUGAAUUCCCCCGAUAAUUGUUUUUGAUUUUUCUUUUUAUUGCUGCACUUAGUCUGAUAAAUCUUCACAUAAUUAAUCAUAAAAAGCGAUUACAUUGAAAAUAUAUUCUUUCUUUAAUUUAUAAACCAAAAUAAUACUAGAAAGUUCAUAAAAUGUUAUCUUAUGAAGUUAAAUUUUCAUAAACUGACAUUUGAUUCCACAGACUUAUUAAUUUCUCAUAUCUUAUCAUUUGUGUUUCUCUUUUUUUUUGUUUGCAAUUUUAAACUAUGUAAUAUUUUUUACUCAAUACAAGAAAAUCAUCGAAAAAGAAAACAUUUUAGUAUCG